AUGGCCACCCAGCUUGUGCAUCUCCCAGAAGUGGAGCGCCUCAGCGCCUCCGUGGUGAGGAUAUUAGCCGGAAACCCGGGAAAAUUCACACUUCAAGGCACAAAUACUUAUCUAGUUGGUCGCGGGCACCAACGCAUUCUCAUAGACACCGGCGAAGGAAGACCGACAUGGAUCAAUAACCUCCAGACGGUGCUCGCAGAAGAGAAAGCUACCGUGCACCAGGCCAUCCUCACUCACUGGCACGGUGAUCAUGUCGGCGGAUUACCAGAUCUACUCAGAAUCUGCCCCCAGGCACAGAUCUUUAAGCACCAACCAGAGUCAUCUCAGAAUGAUAUUCAAGACGGCCAAACCUUUUCUGUCGAGGGCGCCACACUAACCGCCCUACAUACGCCAGGCCAUACAGUCGACCAUAUGGUCUUACUACUGGACGAAGAGAAUGCAAUGUUCACAGGUGAUAAUGUCUUGGGCCAUGGUACGGCACUUGCACCGAAUGCGCGACCGGGCCUCCGGUCGCGGGUACCAGGCCACGGCGCGGUGAUUGAGAAUGCGAGUGCGCGAAUCACCGAGUACAUCAAGCAUCGGCAGCAGCGGGAAGAUGAGGUGCUGCACGUGCUAAAGUACGGAUCACUGGAGGGGACAGUGGUGGACAUCCAAGGAUGGACGCCUCUUGAGUUGGUGAAGCAGAUUUACAAGGAUAUUCCAGAAUCAUUGCACCUACCGGCAUCGCAUGGAAUUGCGCUGGUGCUUGAAAAGUUAGAGAGUGAGGGGAGGGUUGUGAAAAAGGACGAGAAAUGGAUUUUGAGCGAGAAGUCGGCUUUGUGA